AUGUCCUGUGUACACUAUAAAUUUUCCUCUAAACUCACCUAUGGCACCAUCAUCUUUGAUGGGCUCCAUAUCUCCCUCUGCGAUUUAAAGAAGCAGAUUAUGGGGAGAGAAAAGCUGAAAGCUGCCUAUAGCGAUCUGCAGAUCACCAAUGCAGAGACGGAAGAAGAAUAUACUGAUGUUAAUGCACUAAUUCCUAAAAAUUCAUCUGUAAUAGUCAGAAGAAUUCCUAUCAGAGAUGUUAAGUCUACAAGCAAGAAACGUGUUAUAAGUCGAACUGAGCCAGUGAUAGGAGCUACAAAAGCAAUUGGUGACCCUUCUGCAUCUCUUUCUCUGGCCCAGCUUACAAAGACUGUCAAUCUGGCCGAAGCCAAUGCUUCUGAGGAAGACAAAAUUAAAGCAAUGAUGUUGCAAUCUGUCCGUUUAUACAACCCAAUCAAUUACAUGAAGAAAAGUCUGGUAAGUCUGCCACCUCCAUCCUACACCUGCUUUCGUUGUGGUAAACCUGGUCAUUAUAUUAAGAAUUGCCCAACAAAUGGGGAUAAGAACUUUGCAACUGGUCCUAGGAUCAAAAAGAGCACUGGAAUUCCUACAAGUUUUCUGAUGGAAGUGAAAGAUCCUAACAUGAAAGGUGCAAUGCUUACCAACACUGGAAAAUAUGCAAUACCGAUUAUAGAUGCAGAGGCCUAUGCAAUUGGGAAGAAAGAGAAACCACCCUUCUUACCAGAGGAACCAUCCCCAUCUUCAAAAGAAGGUGAUCCUAUCCCAGAGGAGCUCCUGUGCCUCAUCUGCAGAGACAUUCCUACAGAUGCCGUUGUCAUUCCAUGCUGUGGAAACAGUUACUGUGAUGAAUGUAUAAGAACAGCACUCCUGGAGUCCGAUGAACAUACAUGUCCAACAUGUCAUGAAAAUGAUGUUUCUCCUGAUGCUUUAGUUGCCAACAAGUCUUUACGGCAGGCUGUUAAUAACUUUAAAAAUAAAACUGGCUAUACAAAAAGACUACGAAAACAAUACAGAGAAGGUCUACCCCCUUAUGACACCAAAGCCUAUUAUGGGCAGAGUGUUGACUUUAGAGACCCAUUUGAGAAAGAACGCUACCAGGAAUGGGAGAGGCAAUAUCGACAGUGGUAUGAGAAGUACUACAAAGGGUACACAGUGGGAGUGCAGCCUAGACCCUUGGCCAACAGAGAAGACAUUUGGAGAGAGUGGCUGAAACUUCAGGGAGACUUUGGGGUCCUCAAGAAUUAG